GGCGACCAUCCGCAGUUCCUCUCGGGUUCUCCGGGCUUCAGCACCAACACACCUGAGAACAUCCAUGUGAGAGAACCAGCCGUCCUGGAUGGAUUCUAACUAAAGAAGGCUCUGCUGCAGGAUGACAAUAUGGCCGCGCCGCUGCUCGCACCCCCAGGCCCUGACAGCUUUAAGAAGUUUACCCCGGAGUCUUUGGCCAACAUCGAGAAGCGCAUCGCCGAGGAGAAGAAGAAGAAACCCGUCAAACCCCGAUCCGACAGCAGUCAUCGAGAUGACGACGACGACAAGGGGCCGAAGCCCAACAGUGACCUGGAGGCGGGGAAGAGUCUGCCCUUCAUCUACGGGGACAUCCCCUCGGGCAUGGUGGCCGUGCCUCUGGAGGACCUGGACCCCUUCUAUUUAAACAAGAAAACCUUUAUAGUGCUAAACAAAGGAAAAACGAUCUUCCGUUUCAGUGCCACGCCCUCGCUGUAUAUCAUUAGCCCUUUUAGUCUGCUCAGGCGAAUAGCUAUUAAAAUUUUGAUACAUUCAGUUUUCAGCAUGAUCAUAAUGUGCACCAUUUUAACCAACUGUGUGUUCAUGACCUUCAGUAACCCCCCGGAGUGGUCCAAACAAGUGGAGUACACAUUCACAGGGAUUUACACCUUCGAGUCUCUCACCAAGAUCGUGGCUCGAGGAUUUUGUAUAGACGGCUUCACCUUCCUCAGAGAUCCCUGGAACUGGCUGGACUUUAUGGUCAUCUCCAUGGCAUAUAUAACAGAGUUUGUGGACCUCGGGAAUGUGUCCGCCCUGAGAACCUUCAGGGUUCUACGAGCUCUCAAAACUAUUUCUGUCAUACCAGGGCUAAAGACCAUCGUGGGCGCUCUGAUCCAGUCAGUGAAGAAGCUCUCGGACGUGAUGAUCCUGACGGUGUUCUGUCUCAGUGUGUUUGCGCUCAUCGGUCUGCAGCUCUUCAUGGGGAACCUGCGGCAGAAGUGUGUGUUCUGGCCCCUGAGCAACGACACCAUCACCUACCUGUCCAACGGCAGCAGGGGAUUCGACUUCGAGGAAUACAUCAUGAAUGAUACAAAUUUCUACUUCCUGCCGAUUGGAGGAGACGCGUUACUGUGUGGAAACAGCUCUGAUUCUGGGCGCUGUCCAGAGGGUUACACGUGUAUGAAGGCGGGCCGUAACCCUAACUAUGGCUACACCAGCUUCGACUCGUUCGGCUGGGCGUUCCUCGCUCUCUUCAGACUCAUGACACAGGACUUCUGGGAGAACCUGUACCAGCUGACACUUCGAGCUGCAGGAAAGACCUACAUGAUCUUCUUCGUGCUGGUGAUCUUUGUGGGUUCCUUCUAUCUGGUGAAUCUGAUCCUGGCUGUGGUGGCCAUGGCCUACGAGGAACAGAACCAGGCCACCAUGGAGGAGGCCCAGCAGAAAGAGGAAGAGUUUAAAGCCAUGUUGGAGCAGCUCAAGAAACAGCAGGAGGAGGCGCAGGCCCAAGCCAUGGCCACGUCAGCAGGCACCGUGUCCGAGGAUGCCGUGGAGGAUGACAGAGGCGGACGUCUGUCACGCAGCUCUUCAGAGGUUUCCAAGCUGAGCUCCAAAAGUGCGAAGGAGCGACGGAACAGGAAGAAAAAGUGGAGAAAAGAGCAGGAGAAGGAGAAGGGAGACAGCGAGAAGGUGGUCAAAUCUGAGUCAGACGACGGCAGCAAGAGGAGUCGCUUCCGUUUCCCUGACAACCGUCUGGGCAGAAAGACCUCCAUCAUGAACCAGUCUUUGCUGAGUAUUCCCGGGUCGCCCUUCAUGUCCCGCCAUAACAGUCGCAGCUCCAUCUUCAGCUUUAAGGGACGUCAGCGGGACGUUGGCUCUGAGAAUGAGUUCGCGGACGAUGAGCACAGCACAGUGGAGGAGAGCGAAGACCGCCGAGGAUCGCUCUUCAUACCAUACCGCCGCAACAGCUACAGCGGUUACAGUCAGGGCUCAUCACGCAUCAACCCACUGGUGCCACACUCAGGCUGCAAGAGGAACAGCACGGUCGACUGCAACGGCGUGGUGUCUCUGAUCGGGCCCGGGCCCGGACGUCUUCUGCCUGAGGUGAAAAUAGAUAAGGCAGCCUCUGACGACAGUACUACUGAGGUGGACAUGAAGAGGAAACACUCAGGCUCUCUCAUGGUGUCUGUGGAUCAGCUAAACACUUCGUUCGGACGUAAAGAGCGAGCUAACAGCGUGAUGACCGUCAUCACCAACACCCUAGUGGAGGAGCUGGAGGAGUCUCAGAGAAAGUGUCCUCCAUGCUGGUACAAGUUUGCCAACACCUUCCUGAUCUGGGAAUGCUGUCCCCUCUGGGUAAAAAUCAAGGAGAUUGUUAAUCUGAUAGUCAUGGACCCAUUUGUGGAUUUGGCCAUCACUAUAUGUAUCGUGCUGAACACCGUGUUCAUGGCCAUGGAGCACUACCCCAUGACUCCUGCGUUUGAAGAAGUUUUGUCUGUAGGAAAUCUGGUCUUCACGGGUAUUUUUACAGCUGAGAUGUUUGCGAAGCUGAUAGCCAUGGAUCCGUAUUACUACUUCCAGGAGGGCUGGAACAUAUUCGAUGGCUUCAUCGUGAGCCUGAGCUUGGUGGAGUUGGGGCUCGCUGAUGUUGAGGGACUGUCAGUGCUGAGAUCCUUCAGAUUGCUCAGGGUCUUCAAACUGGCGAAGUCAUGGCCCACUCUGAACAUGCUGAUCAAGAUCAUCGGGAACUCGGUGGGUGCCCUGGGAAACCUGACCCUGGUGCUGGCCAUCAUUGUCUUCAUCUUUGCCGUGGUGGGUAUGCAGCUGUUUGGGAAGAGCUACAAGGACUGUGUGUGUAAAAUCGCCUCAGACUGCGACCUGCCACGCUGGCACAUGCACGACUUCUUCCACUCCUUCCUUAUUGUGUUCCGCGUGCUGUGUGGAGAAUGGAUCGAGACCAUGUGGGACUGCAUGGAGGUGGCGGGACAGACCAUGUGCCUGACCGUCUUCAUGAUGGUCAUGGUCAUUGGAAACUUAGUGGUACUGAAUCUGUUCCUGGCUCUGCUGCUCAGCUCAUUCAGUGCUGAUAAUUUGGCCGCCACUGAUGAUGAUGGGGAAAUGAACAACCUGCAGAUCUCAGUCAUCCGGAUUAAAAAGGGCAUCGCCUGGGCCAAAAUCCACGCACGGUUGCUGGUCGCUCACGUUCUGAAGAAGUCACCUCUGGAGGACGAGGAUAAGCCUUUGGAUGACAUGUAUGACAAGAAACUUAACAUCAUCGGCAAUCACACGGGAGUAGACAUCAAAUGUGGUGAGCUCGAAUUCGCCAAGAAUGGCAACGGCACCACCAGCGGCAUUGGCAGCAGCGUAGGGAAGUACAUGAUCGACGAGGACCGCAUGUCCUUCAUCCACAAUCCUAACCUGACCGUGCGUGUCCCUAUUGCCAUGGGAGAGUCAGACUUUGAGAACCUGAAUACAGAGGACUUCAGCAGUGAAUCAGAUGUGGAGAACAGCAAAGAUCUGGAUGACACGAGCUCGUCGGAGGGCAGCACAAUAGACAUCAAGCCGGAGGAGGAGGAAGCGGGCGCGGUGGAGGUGGUGGAGGAGUACCUGGACCCGGACGCCUGCUGGACGGACGCCUGCGUGGCACGGUAUAAGUGCUGUGACGUGUCCAUCACGGAGGGUUGGGGGAAACACUGGUGGUAUCUGAGAAAAACCUGCUACCUCAUCGUAGAACACAACUGGUUCGAGACGCUCAUCAUCUUCAUGAUCCUGCUCAGCUCUGGGGCUCUGGCGUUUGAGGAUGUGUAUAUAGAGCAGAGGAAGACCAUCCAGAUCAUCCUGGAGUACGCAGACCGAGUCUUCACCUACAUCUUCAUCCUGGAGAUGCUGCUCAAGUGGGUGGCUUAUGGCUUCGUCAAAUACUUCACCAACGCCUGGUGCUGGCUCGACUUCUUCAUCGUGGAUGUUUCUAUAGUCAGCCUUAUAGCUAAUGCGCUGGGGUACUCAGACUUGGGCCCCAUUAAGUCCCUGAGGACUUUGCGGGCCCUCAGACCCCUGAGAGCUUUGUCCCGGUUUGAGGGAAUGAGGGUUGUGGUGAACGCGCUGGUGGGGGCCAUCCCAUCCAUCAUGAACGUGCUGUUAGUGUGUCUGAUCUUCUGGCUCAUCUUCAGCAUAAUGGGCGUGAACCUGUUCGCUGGAAAGUACUACUACUGCUUCAACGCUACGUCCGAGGAGUAUUUCAAGACUGAUGAUGUCAACAACAAGACGGAGUGUUUCGCUUUGAUCAACGCAAACCACAGCGAGGUUCGCUGGAAAAACGUCAAGAUCAACUUCGAUAAUGUGGGAGCUGGAUAUCUGGCACUUCUACAAGUGGCCACCUUUAAAGGUUGGAUGGACAUCAUGUAUGCCGCCGUGGAUUCCAGAAAGGUUGAAGAUCAACCGAAGUAUGAAGAUAAUCUUUACAUGUACAUCUACUUUGUCAUCUUCAUCAUCUUCGGCUCAUUCUUCACACUCAAUCUCUUCAUUGGUGUCAUCAUCGACAACUUCAACCAACAGAAGAAAAAGUUCGGAGGUCAGGACAUCUUCAUGACAGAGGAACAGAAGAAGUACUAUAACGCCAUGAAGAAACUGGGCUCAAAGAAACCGCAGAAGCCCAUCCCCAGACCACAGAACAACAUCCAGGGCAUGGUGUUUGACUUUGUUACACAGCAAGCCUUUGACAUCUCCAUCAUGAUACUUAUCUGUCUCAACAUGGUCACCAUGAUGGUGGAAACAGAUGACCAGUCAGAAGACACGGAGAACAUCCUGUACUGGGUAAACUUCGUCUUCAUCGUAGUGUUCACUGGCGAGUUCGUGCUGAAGCUCUUUGCUUUACGACAUUACUACUUCACCAACGGCUGGAACAUCUUUGACUGCGUGGUGGUGAUUCUGUCUAUUGUGGGUAUGUUCCUGGCUGACCUGAUUGAGAAGUACUUUGUGUCACCUACUCUGUUCAGGGUAAUCCGUCUGGCUCGAAUUGGACGAAUCCUGCGUUUAAUUAAAGGAGCCAAGGGCAUCCGGACCUUACUGUUUGCUUUAAUGAUGUCACUUCCUGCCCUGUUUAACAUCGGCCUGCUGCUCUUUCUGGUCAUGUUCAUCUUCUCCAUAUUCGGUAUGUCCAAUUUUGCGUACGUGAAGCGCGAGGUCGGCAUCGACGACAUGUACAAUUUUGAGACGUUCGGUAACAGCAUGAUCAUCUUGUUUAUGAUCACCACAUCAGCAGGGUGGGAUGGUUUGCUUGCUCCCAUCCUCAACUACCCACCUGACUGCAACCCUGAGAAGGAGAACCCAGGAACCACAGUGAAGGGGGACUGUGGCAACCCUUCUGUGGGAAUCUUCUUCUUUGUCAUGUACAUCAUCGUGUCCUUCCUAAUCGUUGUAAACAUGUACAUUGCCAUCAUUUUGGAGAACUUCAGUGUGGCGACAGAGGAGAGUGCUGAUCCAUUGUGUGAGGAUGACUUUGAGUCCUUCUAUGAGAUCUGGGAGAAGUUUGAUCCAGACGCCUCACAGUUUAUUACCUUUGCCAAGUUGCCCGACUUUGCAGAUACACUGGAGCAUCCUCUACGUGUGCCUAAGCCUAAUAUAAUCGAGCUCAUUGCCAUGGAUCUACCCAUGGUGAGUGGUGAUCGGAUCCACUGCUUAGACAUCCUGUUUGCUUUUACCAAGCGCGUCCUGGGUGACAGUGGUGAUCUGGACAUGAUGCGGCAGCAGAUGGAGGAGCGUUUCGUUGCGGCAAACCCUUCCAAAGUAUCCUAUGAGCCAAUCACCACUACGCUGCGCCGCAAGCAGGAGGAGGUGUCAGCUGUGGUGAUCCAGAGGGCGUACCGUGCCCACCUUUCCCGACGUGGGUUUGUCUGCAAACGCCAGCCUGCCAACAACAAGCUGGAAAAUGGAGGGACAAAUCAGGAGAAGAAGGAGGACACGCCCUCCACUGCAUCCCUGCCAUCGUACGACAGCGUGACCAAGCCUGAGAAAGAGAAGCAAGAUGACAACAACGAGGGGAAGGGGCGUAAGGAAAAGGGCCGAAACCAAAAAGACGUCAGGGAAUCCAAGUGUUAAGGCUGCAGCAGUGGAACACAUGGACAUCAAAAACAGUCGUGAUAAUUAAUUUAAUAACUGCAAUUUCAAGCAAAACAAGCAGAAACCCUUAGACUACACAGAGACGUGUACAGAUUAAUUUCAUUUGCAAGUAAGAAAAUGAUAUUUUAAAAAAGAUCCAUGAAUAAAAAGGACAAGACAAAAAAAAAUUGUUUACAAACUUCACAGGUGUUGGGAUGCGAUGGAAAGCACUGAGGUUUCUUCAAAGCUUGACUCUUUCAAGUUAAACCAAACAUAAUCAGCUUCCUGUGUGACACUGUUGCAUCAAAAUCAGAUCGGAUCAUUCGCUGAGGAUUGAUAUUUGAUUAUUGUGUGUUAGAGGGCUACACUGCACUUCUGAACGAAACUUCUUACUCGUACGGGGAAACCGAGGAGAAAACCAUCACAGCAUGGCGUGCCGUUCCCCGCAUCCGGAAAACCCCGUGCUCAUGCUGUGUGUUUAUGAAAAUUUCCGUAAAGGAAAUGAACACUGGUGGAAGAAUCAGCUUCCGAAUCAUGAACAGCAGAAGAAUCUGCACUUAUUCAUUUCGAACAAAACUCUAAACGGAUGGUGAGUGUGAGUGGAGAUCAGUGGAGCGUGAUGAAGAAAACCACAGAGCUUGGCUGAUUCAGACGGUAUCUUUGUGUUAGUCAGCGUUAAAUAUGCUUUACACGGUCUUUACAUUAUUUGAGCGGCAAAAAAGGAAAAACAAAAUGAAGGGAGGAACAACAAAACGAAAACCAAAACAUGUUGCCCAUGUCACCCUCAGUAACUACGUCAUCAUGUAUUUGUUAUUUAUACUUAUGCAUCGAAAAAGCUUUUUUCUACAUGGGCUUUCACACUGAUGAGGAAAGGAGGCGAGUACCACGUGCCUCCGCCACUAUUUCCGACAUUUCAAAAACCAAUAAUAAAUUAUUGUGCUUGUUCAAUGCAUAGAAAUGACUUGCAUGAUGGCAUGUUUUGAUCAGAAAAUUCUUGCAUGAAUAAUCAUAGUCCACGAAACACUAAUACAGACCGGCGCAGUGGCUCGAGAAGUACAUUAAAGGCUGUCCACUGGCUAAAUUGAGUCGAAUCUGACGACUCUGAAACCGAAAUGAUCCUAAAUUCACCACGUGUCCUUUAACUCGUCACCGAUUCGGGGGUUAAGUUGCUACUAAGAGCCUCUUACUAACUGAACACGACUGAAAGCAAUGGAGAGGAAGGUACCAUUUUUUUUGCUGCUCAGGAGAUGAUGUGUGUAGAGAAAUGCAAUCUGUGUGUGUGUGUGUGUGUGUGUGUGUUUGCAGAUCAAUUUUCGUUUUCUUUAUUUUUUGUAUGCAGCAAUAUUGCUUGCCCUGCCUACAGCACUGGGCUCUCGGUGCUCUGUAGACGGAGACUUGAAUGCCAGGAAGUGCGACACCGGGUGUGCCACGCUAGUCCCAGCCUCGAGUUAGAUUCAGAACGUGGCAAAUAAUAAAAAAAAAUGAUUUCAUUUUACAAAGUGAAUCUUUUCCUACUCCACUCCUUUAUGUUACUUUAGAGAGUUCGACUACGUCUACACUCGCGUCUGUUUUUAUUCCGGUUCGUGUUUUCUUACAUUUUGUUCCUUGACAUCUUUGCAAUACGACUCUGGGAGGCGGUGUAUUUAGGAAGCCAAAGAGUGCUGGUGCUGGUGCUGGUGGUGGUGGUGGUGGUGGUGCAGUAGUUUCAGUUGGUCUCAGGAUGGGACGAAGUCGCACAACCUCCCGACCCCAGACUGAUGCUUGUUGAGUUUCCCUCAUUUUUCUCAGGAUACGCCAUCACCCGUCGGGACGAGUGUCGAGUCCCUGGGGUCCGGAGCCCGAGUCUCUGAGCUUGUCUAAGAGCGGUGAAGCUUCAACAAUAAUUGCAGUAAUAAACAGAAAGGAGGAAAUUCACUGUGAGGGGAUUGGGUUAAAGAUGACGGGGCUGUCGCACGAGCGUCCGUCUGUCCGUAACGUCUGACAGCGCGCUCCCGUAUUCUCAUUAAGCCCUCUUUUAGAAACGGAUAACGCCAUAUUGGGGCGCUGCUUAACGAUGUCACAUUUCCGAUAUGACUCACGAUCCACUCCGCUCGCUGCAUGCGCGUAAUCGGCGACGUCAUCGUCCUGAAAACACACAAGUAUUCUAAAGGCCUUCUGUUCGCACCCGUGCAGCCACUUGUCCAGGACAGACUGCACAUCAUGCAUUUAUUCAACUCAAUUUACAAAUGAAAUCUAUAAAUUGUACGUUUAAAAAAAAAAAAAACCAAAACGAGCAAACAAGCAAAAAAAAAAAAAAAAAAACAUGAAAAAAUUUUUACAGAGAAAAUCAUAGAUAAACACUAUUGUAUUAUACAGUACAGGCUAUUUUGCAAACGGCACAAAAUGCAAAAAAAAAUUAAUAAGUUAAGAAUGAACUUUUUAAGAAGUCUAUAAAUAAUGUAAUAUAUUGUUUUAUUUUAACAGCAUGCAUAGUUUUGUGUAAAUAAAGAAACAUGAAAACUACUGCGCUAUUAAUCUAAUCCUGAAGAGGAAUAAUAAUAAUAAUAAUAAUAAUAACCUGACUAGAACGCUUCACUCGCAUCGCCCGGGUCUCACAUGGUUAGACUGUGAACUGUUCGCUAGGAGGAGUAGAAAUUUAUCCGAGACACUUUUCACGAUUAAUAACGAGGAGGGGAAUCUAAUACGAGUAUUUAUUAAAAUGCAAAAAAACCUUAUGUAAGUCUAUAUAUAAAACCCAGGCGUAUAUAUAGAGCUACGUAUAUGAUGCGUGUGUGUGUGUGUGUGUGUGUGUGUGUGAGUAUAUACAUGCAUAUGUAUGUGUGUAUGCAUCUAUGCACAGAUACCUAUGUACGUACACAUAUAUACAUGUUUAUUAUGAUUAAACCUCCACUGAGUUGAGCUCGGCUUGGAGCGGAGGCGACGCCACACACAUCGUCCUCCUCUCACCUUAUCUCUAUCAUUUUUGUGCAAUACGUUCAAUGAACGACCAAAACUCUGUCCUGGCCCACAGGGUGUGUGUGUGUGUGUGUGUGUGUGUGUGUGUGUGUGUGUGUGUGUGUGUGUGUGUGUGUGGGCAGGUCUAAUGCUCAGCGCAUGGUGAAAUAUUAGCUGCUUACGUCGCCUGUAUUAGGGAGGGGAAUGCAUUACCAGCACCUCAUUUUCUACCUUUAUGUCCUGUGUGCCUGUGUGAAGUGGCCACUCUUUCACACACACACACACACACACACACACACACACACACACACACACACACACACACAUAAUAUAGUUACAUAACACACAAGCUCACACACACUCACGUUCUCCUCCCCAAAGGUCUUUAUUUACUGAUGCAGAUUUUUUUUAUCUGUGUGUGUGUGUGUGUGUGUGUGUGUGAGACGUGGCUGAACUCUAGAGCAUAGCUUUUUUUCCUCAUUAAGGUUCACAGCAGUGCAGUCGAUCUCCUUCAGUUCGUUCUUUACGUUCGUUUCAGUGCCUUUUUGCUGCCAAUUUUUUGUUUAAUUCAAAAAAUAAAUAAAUGAAUAAAAACUUUAAAUGAUGUUGAGUUGAAAUUCUAAACAAGUGGAGCUUGUUUAAAAAGAGCACUGAGAAAAAAUAAAGAAGGAUGUCUGAGACGUCCACGAGAAAAAAAAGACCUCUAAAGAAAACCUUAACUGGCAUCAGCCUGACUUUAUCCUCAGAGGCUGGAGUUUAUUGUAGGGCAGUUGGAUGGAGUGCGCACUCUUCUCCUAGUGGCUCACUCUGUGGAGAGAUCAGCAGUCUGCCUUCCGUGCUCAGCUUCUGCCCAUUUCUCACCAUUUCUUUAUUUUUCUAUCAAUAAUAAUUUCAGUUUUUUUCCUUUGUAGCAUGACUGAGAUGCUCUUUGUCUCAUUUGCUGAUUAGUAAUUGGAAAGUGCUUCUUGGUUGACAAUGUUGUUCUUAUCUCUUGCCACUGAUGAUGGAGAGACGAUGGUGUGUUGCACAACAGCUUGAAUUCAGCGAGAAUCAGUGAAAGAUUGUCUUCAUUUGAGCACGAAACCUUUUUCCAAACAAUAAAGCAGCCUUCCAGUUA